GUACGCACGGUUGGCGUUAACAGUUUCAUAAGGAAAAAAUAAUGAAUAAAUGGAUCUAGAUCUAGUCUCCCGUAAUCUAAAUUUAGAUCUAGACCAUUAAAGAUCUAGAUCUUAGUCAUAUUCCUAUAGAUUUUGAUUUUCAAGAACGUAAAUUCUUAUAAAAGUGUUCUUUGUUGUCAUUUCAUACAAUUUUAUUACAUCUACGUCUAGUAUGAUCUAGCCAUGUCGGAUAAAAUAGAUACGCGAGUGAUACAAGUCACGAAUGUGGCUCCAAGUUGUACCAAUGAACAAAUGAGAACUCUGUUUAGUUAUUUGGGAAGAGUAAAGGAUCUUAAAAUGUAUCCCCCAGAGAACACAGAGGGUGUUGUGGCAAGAGUAGCCUACAUUGAAUUUGAUGAUACUGUAACAACAGGAGUAGCACUACAUCUUAGUGGAACAGUCUUUAUAGAUCGUGCACUGAUGGUGGUUCCUGUGAUGGAUGGUAAAAUUCCAGACGAGCACACAGCUUUACAACUCACUCCUCAAGCUGUCGCAGGCAUGUUACCUGGACAACCUACAUGGCCUGCUAAUGUUGUUAGUCAGGUUACAGGAACUGGUCUUAAUCAGGUUAUUACUACUUAUGAUCCACGCCUGACAUCACUUGGUUUACCUCAGUAUCCACCUCUUCCAGCAACUACAGAUGCUAGUAAGAUUGAGGAGAUACGCAGAACAGUUUAUGUUAGUGAUUUGGAUCCUGCGAUUUCUGCAGAAACGUUAAUGACAUUUUUUUCUCAAGUUGGGGAGAUCAAAUAUAUCAGAUUAGCUGGAGAUCAACGUGCAGCAGCAAGAGGAGCUUAUAUUGAAUUCACUGACCAGAGGUCUGUUGCUCAGGCAUUGACCUAUAACAAUGUGCAAUUUCAAGGUCGGACUAUGAGUGUUCAGCACUCAAAAGCUAAUAUUGUGAAACCUAUUAGUGGAAAAAUUAAUGAAGCUUCUCAGAGAGAGAUAGAUGAAGCUAUGAAAAAAGUAAAAGAAGCAUCAAAGUUAAUUUCUGCUGCAGCAAGUGAACCCAAAAAGGAUUCAUCUCGUUCUCCAAGUCGUAAAAGAUCCCGGUCCAAAUCUAAAAUUCGUAGUCGUUCACCUUCCAGGAGAUCACGCUCAAGGUCCAAAGGGCGACGUCGCAGGACACGUUCAAGGUCUCGUAGGCGGUCCAGAUCUCGCCAUCGUUCUCCGAGAAGAUCUAAAUCACCUAUUAGACGUAGGCGAUCUCGUUCAAGGGGAAGAGUGGUUCCCUCUGCCCCUCCUCCUUUGCGAAGAUCAAGAUCUAGGGAUAGGCGUCGAUCACGAACAAGGUCACCUGUAAGGCGUAGGCGGUCGAGAACAAGAUCUAGAUCAAGACGCAGAUCUCGCACUCCACCUAGAUCAUACAGUAAGCGAUCACGCUCAAGAAAUAGACGAAAGACUCCAUCUCCUAGUCGCAGAAGAAGCAGAUCAAGAGAUCGGAAAGAAAGAGUAAAGGAAAGAAAGAAAAGCAUUUCAUUGUCUCCUCCACAGCUUGAGCGCAGUGGUUCACUUCCACCCAAAGAUGUUGAUGCUGAGAAGGAUAAAUCUCCUGUAAAAAUUGAAAGCAGUGUUAAUGCUGAAGGAGAUAGUGCCAAAUUGAGCACAAAAAAGAGGUCUCCAACACCUCUAAAGUCCAGACGUAUUAGUCCAUCACCUAGAAAAUCACCCAAAAAAAGAAGUCGAUCACGUUCACCCAGCCGACGUAAGAGAAGGAGGAGAAGUAGGUCACCAUCUCCAAGAAAACGAUCUCGAUCUCGAAGUGGGUCUAGAAGCAGAUCUAAAAGAGAUCGUAGCAAGAGGAGCCGCAGUAGGGAACGCAGACAUGAAAUAAAAAAGAAGAGCAGCAGAGACAAGGAGGAGAAAAAGAAAGACUCAAGCUCAACAAAGGUGAAGAGGGACUAUGAUGAGGAAGAAAAAGGUUUCGCUAGUGGCAGUGAGAAAGAUAGAGAGAUCAGUGAAGAGCGUUCCCCUUCACCUCCAACACUGGAGGCUGGAGACAAAGAUUCUGACCAUCAGACUGUAGACAUGGAUAUGAGUGACUAAUGUGUUGACCAAGUGUAUAAUAGUGCUGGCCAGCACAUCAAGUUUUUUGUUGCUGUUGUCCUUUUUAAAAAUAUCAUUUGUAACACACCAAGUAGUUCAUUGUUAAUAUUCAGAUACCAUUUUUAAAUGUCCACUAGAACAAUUGUUGCAAUUAAAACCUAAUUCACACCAAUUAAUUUGUUUGAGAUAAAGUUCAGUUUAUUUUCUUUGUUUUUUUUGUUUUUUUUUACUUUAUCUUACAUUAUUUUAUUUUUUUAUGUUCCAAUGAAUAAUCACAAUUUCUUAUCUCUAUAAACGUAACUUUUGAUGCUAGUUUAAAUCAUAUUUUCUAAAAGAGUUGUUUGUUAUUAAAAUGAACCUUUUUUUUUUUUUGUAACCUAAUAUUCAACAUUAAAAAAAACAGUUUAAAAUUGUUGUGCUUUACUAUAUUAAUAAAUGAAUGUUUGUUUCUGUGUUUGAAAACUGA